UAAUCGUCCCACGAUGUGUCGUGCUAGAUUAUGAUAAUAUCCUCCAGAUGGCUGUUUGCACUUGGCCGUCCAGCAAAAUGCUUGCUGAGCCCACACCCUGCGUAUCGGUCGCUGGCGACCGUCGUCGGCCGCACCCCGCCAGUUGUGCGUGACGAGGUCAUACAACUUCGAACAUAUCAAGAAGAAUGCAUUCAGUCGGUUCUAUCGUAUCUGGGGAAGGGCCACAGGCGGUUGGGCAUCUCGUUAGCGACUGGAAGUGGAAAGACGGUAAUAUUCACGCAACUGAUCAAUCGAAUCGAGCCGCCGACCCCAAUUGCGCAGCAGACCCUCAUUCUUGCCCACCGGCGAGAGCUCGUUGAGCAAGCAGCACGUCAUUGUGAAAGAGCAUACCCUGAAAAGAGCAUAGACAUUGAGAUGGGAGACAUUCAUGCUUCGGGUGCCGCAGACAUUACCGUGGCAUCUGUCCGGAGCAUGGUCUCCGGCGAGCGGCUGAGCAAAUACAAACCCGAAAGGUUCAAACUGGUCCUCGUCGACGAAGCCCAUCACAUCGUGGCUCCGGGGUAUCUACAAGUUCUCCAACAUUUUGGUCUGGAAAAGCAAGCAGGCACUGGUCCAGCACUGGUUGGGGUUUCGGCCACUUUCUCUCGCUUCGAUGGCCUCAAGCUGGGCGCGGCGAUCGAUCAUAUCGUCUAUCAUAAAGAUUACAUCGACAUGAUUGGUGAACAGUGGCUUUCGGACGUCAUGUUCACGACGGUUAGGUCGAAGGCCGAUCUAUCAAGAGUUCGCAGUGGCAAAGAUGGAGAUUUCCAGACGGGUCAACUCUCUGCAGCCGUGAAUACUGAAAUCACCAACGAAAUCACCGUCCGGGCAUGGAUGGAAGAAGCCAGAGAUCGGAAAUCGACAUUGGUCUUCUGCGUCGAUCUGAACCACGUGGCGAGCUUGACAUCCACGUUCCGAAAACACGGUGUCAAUGCGCAAUCGAUCACCGGCAAUACGAAGAAAACCGUCCGUGGCGAACGACUCGAUGCAUUCAAGAACCGCGAAUUCCCCGUGUUGUUGAAUUGUGGUGUCUUUACUGAAGGAACCGAUGUGCCCAAUAUUGACUGCGUGCUGCUUGCGCGGCCGACCAAAUCCCGCAAUCUGCUUGUUCAGAUGAUUGGACGCGGUAUGCGAUUAUAUCCGGGCAAGAAGGACUGUCAUGUCAUUGAUAUGGUUGCUUCCCUGGAGACUGGCAUCAUAACAGUUCCGACCCUUUUCGGCCUCGACCCGUCUGAGAUGGUCAAGUCAGCCAAAGUGGGCGAUUUGAAAGCUUUGAAGGAUAGCCGGAUUGAGAAAGAGGCUUCCUCGGGAGUAUCAGGACACCUUAUUGGCUCCAAUGGUGUCUCCGGCAAUCACCAACUCGACUUUACCCACUAUGACUCUGUACACGACCUCAUCGAAGAUACCUCAGGCGAACGACACCUGCGAGCCAUGUCCCCCAAUGCCUGGGUCCAAAUCGAUUCCUAUAAAUAUGUUCUUGCGGCCAAAGGCGGAAUUCUCACUCUCGAACGCCGUCUUCCCCCCAACUCCCCUAGGAGCAAACCCGACUCUGAUCCUGGGUCCCAUGACGCCUCGUUCCUUGUUAUAUGGAAACACUCUCUUCCCCCCACCGAGGCAUCCAAAUCUCCCUGGUCCCGUCCUCGCACCGUGGCAACCGCCGCGACGCUCAGUGACGCCCUCCACGCUGCCGACACGUUUGCGGCCCAGAAAUUUGAACGCAUAUUCAUCGCCACGUCGUCCUCCUGGCGCAAAUCUCCCGCUUCGCAGGGGCAACUUGACUUCCUCAAUCGGCUGCGUGAGGUGUCUGACGAAGAACCCUUGACCGAAUGGGAUCUGUCCAAGGGACAAGCCGGCGACAUGAUUACCAAGGUCAAAUUCGGAGCGCGAGGACGGUUCGACAAGUUGAUGAGAAAGAAGAGGGGCGCGGAGAAGGGCGCGGAGAGGGAGCGACGCGUCAAGGAGAUGAGGCAACGAGAGGUCGUCAAAGUUGGACCUGUGGAGGCUUGAUCUGGCUUCGAUGAUUUGUCGGAAAAUCGAAAAGGACGAGAUCGAGAAAAUCCACGCUCACAGCCUUGCCUGGAGCUCGUGUCGUGGGCCUCCUUUCGCCCCAGCAUCAUCGCACCGUGACCAGUGCCGGGCAUUCCGGGUUUUCCUCCGGCCCACACAUUUCGCGCCUUUAAAUGCCUCACUCAGCCUUACCCAACGGGCCACCCAGCAAUCCCAUCGGGCGUGUUCAUCAACAAGGUAGGCUUCUCUCGUCUGGGCAAUUGGAGGACAGAAGAUAGUCGUGGGAUAUGCUCUGCUGUACUCCGUGUAAUGGACAGGAUGGCACACCUGCAGUGGAAACUCGCAUGCUCUUGUUCAAUCAAUACAUGUUAUUUGCAUGACUCGGAUCGCUCUAGUGUGAUACUUGUAGAUCAUACAUCAACCAGACCAGAUAAAAUCAAAGUACGG